GCGUACUUGUUCUCCUUCCUCUAUAUAUAUCCCCAUGCAUUUUCCAUCUGUAAAAUCCACACCGCACUUACCUCUAGCUCUCUCCAACUCCCACUUCAAAAAGCACAUACUCUAAUCUCAAUCUUCAAACACGAUCGAAAAUGGCGUGGCUGGUUUCGUUGAGGAUUCUGUUAAUUUCGACCGGCGUUGUGGCUUUGGCUUUGGCCAUGAAGCUCUACGUUCCUUUAGUGUUUGAGUUCGCCGUCUCAAACCUUCCUCUGAUCUGGACCUCAUGCAAGUCCUUGCUCAGGCCGCCGUAUCUCUACGUCGUCGUCAACGCCAUCAUCAUCACCAUAGCUGCCUCCUCAAUGUUCCACCACGACCGGCCUCAGGCAAAGCUUCCUUCGUCAGAGUCUGAAUCAACUCCACCUCCGGUUGUAUACCACCACAGAGAAGAUGAAGUGGAGCCAGCGGUGGUGUACAAGCAUAUACAAGAGGACGUGGCGCCACCGGUGGUGUACGAGCGCAGAGAACAGGAUGUGGCGGCGCCACCGGUUGUGUACGACCACAAAGAGGAGGCUGUGGUUAAGGAGGUGACAUCUAUGGUACUAUUCAACAACGACUCUGCAGAGCCUGUGGCUGAGGUUGAUCAUGAUCCUGAGGAUGAGAUCGAGGUCUCGGGAGCCAAGUGGAUGACCCCUAAGAAUGUUACGAAAUUUGAUGAUAUUGUUCUGCUGGCGGAGAAGCCUCUAAUCUCUUCAAGAUUCAGUCACCGGAAACUGGCUAGAUCCACCCCUGAAGGUGGGAGGCCGUUACGAGUGUCCAAGGCGCCAAAACGGCACGACACACUGGAGAAUACGUGGAAGACGAUAACGGAGGGCCGUUCGAUUCCGCUGAGCCGGCACAUGAAGAAGAGUGACACGUGGGAUCAUCACGGCCGUGGAGGAGGAGGAGGAGGAGUCAACGGUGGAGUUGAGGUGGACGAGGAGACGUCACAGGCAGUGCACAAGUCAAAGACGUUCAAGGACUUGACAAACCAGCAGAAGGUGGUGACCAUGGCAGCUGUGAAUUCGUCGUCGCCGGCGGCGAUUAAGCUGAGGAAAGAGCCGUCGCUGAGUCAGGACGAGUUGAACCGAAAAGUGGAGGCGUUUAUACACAAGUUCAAUGAAGACAUGAGGUUGCAGAGGCAGGAGUCGUUGAAUCAGUUCAUGGAGAUGAACAACCGUGGAAGCAAUUAGACAAGUUCCACACUGGUGGUCUAUAUAUAUGCACCAAUGUUAAUUUUUCCAAUUUAGGCACAGGUAGUGAUUUUUCACUUUCCUUGAAUUUUAAGUUUGUCACAGGAAAGAAAAAAAAAAGGUUAGGGCUUAGGUUGAAGAUACAAAAUUAGAGCUAGCUAGCUAGUUAAAAUUUUUGGAUUGGUUCUUGAGUCAAAGAAAAGAAAAUACAUACAUGUCAGUCUGUACGUAUCUAGUCUGUAAUGUAAAGCCAGUUAAUUACUGCCUUGUUGAUAUAUUGUACAUUAAGAACAAAAGCUCAAAUGAUAUUUGUACAAGUUUUUUGUUGUA